AGCGCGCACUGUUUAGCAAGGGGGAAAAGGCAGCAGAGGUUUCAUCGAACGUCACCGGGGAUAGGAAGAGCUGCUUUUAAUACAUUUUAAGAAGAGAAGAAAAUAGGACAAAUAUGCGGCACUGUUCGGGACUGAUCUGAAUUUUGAGUAUUCUUUUCGGGGGACGUUAUUUGGAGAGAAGAACGAAGACGUAGUUGUUUAAGGAAACCCCGGGAAUUAAAAAUCAGAUUUGAGAGUUGCAUAUGUGUGCUAAAUACCCUGUCCCAAAUGAGAAGGCUUCAGCGCACAACAGAUUUGGAUUAACGUUCAUUGAAGUAGUAAGCGGUGAUGUCUUGAGGCAGUCUCCCAUCCGGCCUAGUGAAGGACGUGCAAGGUCAAGUGACUGCUAAUGGGAACCCCUGUGACACCAUGAGCGCUCGUGAUGGCGGCCACGGCGGUGGGAUCGGCGGCGUGGGCACGCUGGGCAGGCGAGGACGCUACGAGGACUCGGAGUUCACCCUGCGCAUCUAUCCGGGCUCCCUGGCCGAGGGCACCAUCUACUGCCCCGUCAGCGCCCGCAAAAGCACCACGGCCGCCGAGGCCAUCGAGCGCUGCCUGGAGCGCCUGCGUCUGGACCGCGACCGCUGCUAUGUGCUAGCCGAAGUCAAGGAAUUUGGCGGGGAAGAAUGGAUCCUGAACCCCAGUGACUGCCCAGUCCAGCGGAUGAUGCUGUGGCCCCGCGGGGCUCUGGAGCAGCGCUCAGGCUCAGGCGGCGGGGAGGACUACCGCUUCCUGCUGCGGCAGAAGAAUCUGGAUGGCUCCAUCCACUACGGCGGCAGCCUGCAGAUGUGGCUGCGUGUGACCGAGGAGCGCCGGCGCAUGACGGAGCGUGGCCUGUUGCCACAGGAGGAGGUCAGGGGUGACCACGCCGACUUGUGCUGCCUGCCGGAGCUCACCGAGCGCUCGCUGCUGGACAACCUACGCUCGCGCUUCCGCCAGGAGAGGAUUUACACCUACGUAGGCAGCAUCCUCAUUGUCAUUAACCCCUUCCAGUUCCUCCCCAUCUAUAACCCUAAGUACGUCAAGAUGUACGACAACCACGCUCUGGGAGACCUGGAGCCGCACAUCUACGCCGUGGCGGAUGUGGCCUACCAUGCCAUGCUGCAGCGGCGGAGGAACCAGUGCAUCGUCAUCUCUGGGGAGAGCGGCUCGGGAAAGACCCAGAGCACCAACUUCCUGAUUCACCACCUGACCGCCCUCAGCCAGAAGGGAUUCGCCAGCGGGGUGGAGCAGAUCAUUCUGGGGGCAGGGCCAGUGUUGGAGGCAUUUGGGAAUGCAAAAACUGCCCACAACAACAACUCGAGUCGCUUUGGCAAGUUCAUCCAAGUGAAUUACCAGGAGAGUGGCACUGUCCGAGGAGCCUAUGUGGAGAAGUACCUUCUGGAGAAAUCAAGACUGGUCUACCAGGAGCACAAUGAACGGAACUACCAUGUGUUUUACUACCUGCUGGCAGGAGCAAGUGAGGAGGAGAGGAGCGCCUUUCACCUCAAAAAGCCUGAAGAAUAUCAUUACCUCAACCAGAUGACAAAGAAAGUCCUGAGACUGCACUGGGAGAAUUACUAUGAGAGCGACGCGGACUGCUUCACAGUGGAAGGGGAGGACCUGAAGCACGACUUUGAGAGACUGCAGCUGGCCAUGGAGAUGGUUGGAUUCCUGCCUGCCACACGCAAACAGAUCUUUUCUCUGUUGUCGGCCAUUCUUCACCUGGGGAACAUCCGCUACAAGAAGAAGACCUACCGAGAUGACUCCAUUGACAUCUGCAAUCCAGAAGUCCUACCUACUGUCUCAGAACUGUUAGAGGUCAAGGAGGAGAUGCUAUUUGAAGCCCUGACGACGAGGAAGACCAUGACAGUGGGAGAGAGGCUGAUCGUGCCCUACAAACUGGCUGAGGCGGGCACGGUGCGAGACUCCAUGGCCAAGUCCCUGUACAGCGCACUGUUUGACUGGAUUGUGUUCCGGAUCAACCACGCACUGCUCAACAACCGGGACUUGGAGGAGAGUGCCAAGAUCUUUUCUAUCGGAGUGCUGGACAUCUUUGGCUUUGAGGACUACGAAAACAACAGCUUUGAGCAGUUCUGCAUCAACUUCGCCAACGAGAGGCUCCAACACUACUUCAAUCAGCACAUCUUUAAACUUGAGCAGGAGGAGUACAGGGCGGAGGGCAUCAGCUGGCACAACAUUGACUACAUCGACAACACAGGCUGCAUCAACCUCAUCAGUAAGAAGCCCACAGCCCUGCUCCACCUGCUGGAUGAGGAGUCCAACUUCCCCCAGGCCUCUAACCAGACUCUGCUGGACAAGUUCAAGCGGCAGCAUGAGGGCAAUGGCUACAUUGAGUUCCCCGCAGUCAUGGAGCCCGCCUUCAUCAUCCGCCACUACGCCGGCAAGGUCAAAUAUGGGGUCAAGGACUUCCGGGAGAAGAAUACGGACCAUAUGCGUCCUGACAUCGUGGCCCUACUGAAGAGCAGCAAAAACGCCUUCAUCUGUGGCCUGAUGGGCAUCGACCCCCCAGCCACCUUCCGCUGGGCCGUCCUCAGAGCCUUUUUCAGAGCCAUGGUGGCCUUCAGGGAGUCUGGGAAGAGACACGUACACAGGAAGACUGGGCAUGAUGCCGCUGCUCCCUGUGCAGUUUUGUGCAGUGUGGAUAGUUUUAGCUUUCUGCAUCACCCUGUGCAUCAGAGAAGUUUAGAGAUCCUGCAGAGGUGCAAAGAGGAGAAGUACAGUGUGGUCAGGAAGAGUCUACGAACACCGCUGUCGGACCUGCAGGGCAGCAACACGCUCAACGAGAAAUCUCCACGGGAUGGUGUGGGCUGGAAUGGGCGUGGUGGGCGGCAGGGCCGCCUGUCAUCCAGCGGGUCCAACACGGAAGAGGACGGAGGAAUUUUUGUCAACUCCACCAGCAGCAAGCUCCUGGAGAGAGCCCACGGCAUCCUCAUGAGAAACAAAAACUACAAAUCAAAGCCCAGUCUUCCAAAGCACUUGCUUGACGUCAAGUCCCUAAAGUACCUCAGCAACCUGACGCUGCACGACCGCAUCACCAAGUCCCUCCUCCACCUCCACAAGAAGAAGAAACCACCCAGCAUCAGCGCUCAGUUCCAG